GAAUUAAAAUUUUACACAUAGGAAUGAGAUUCUGGCUUUUUAAAAUUGUGUUUUAAAUAUUGUAGGUGUUGCCGUUGUGUUGAAGAUUUUUUUUUGUGUUUGAAGUCAGUUUGUGAGUAAAUUGCAUUUAUCGUUAAACGAUGGAAGAUUUUCCCUUACUCAAAUAUAUUUUUUUCUUUAAAUUACCUAGAAAAUCUUUUUGGUAUCAUUUAAUAAUUUAAUAAUAUGUAAGCAAACAAAUUUAAUCUUAAUUUUAAAAAUCAAUACGGCUACACCGACAAUUUUUAACUUUUAGAGGUUGUAGUUGUAGUAUUUUUAAUUACCGACACGUUUGAAAAAAAAAUAUCAUCAAAAUCGGAGCCCUUCGGCCAGGUUCUCUAAUAAUUUGCUUUAGUUUUUCCACUAUACAUAUUUUCAACAGAAUAGAUUUAUACGUCAAAAACUGUUUACCUACUUCAUUUUAGAGAAUAACCCACAGAACCAGACGACGAGGAAUCCCUCACCGAAAAUGGACCUACUAUGAAACUACACUUCUUGUAAAUUACAUCAAAACAAACAAGAUCGAUUUCGAGGUAUAGAAACCAACAGCAAGGAUUUACUAUCAAAAAUUCUUACAAAUGUACCACAUGAACAUUCAAUGGUCUUUAGUUCGAAACAAAACUCGAAAUCUUAGAAUUUUAUAUGAAAAAGCAUUUAACUGGCAAAAUACAGAUGAUGCACAAAAUAUGCCAGAUCAGUUAUCUAAGCAAAGUAUGAUUGAUAGAAUGUGUCCACAUUAUAAAUCUUUAGAAGAAGUCUUUUGUAAUAGAAUAAAUAAAGAUAAACCAAAAUCUAGUCCCAAUGAAUAUAAUUCCACAUUGGAAAUAGAAUAUGCUCAUGAUAUAGAAUUUAAACAAAUCUACAGUCCACCAGAGACACCUUCAUCGCCACCAGAAUCAUCACAACAUCAUUCUCAACAUGAACAGGAACAACAUUUUCCACCACCAGUUUUCGAAAAUAUAUCAGUGGUAAAUGAAAACUUGCUUAGUGACCAUCCAAUACCACAGACACCAACUCAUCAUCCUGUUAAAAGAAAAUCCAUUGAACCAUACACAACUGCCAGUAAUUCAAAACAUGAUGCAUCGGAUUGUUUGAUGGAGGUAGUUAAAAUGAUGUCGUCAUAUCUUAAAGAAAGAAGUGAAUAUCAAAUAGCUCGACUUGAUUUGGAAAGUAGAAAAUUCGAUUUCGAAAAAGAGAAGACUAUUCGAGAAUUGGAACUUAGAGAGAAGGAAAUGGAAAAACAUGAAAGGUUGCAAGUCAUGGAAAUUGAAUCAAAAGAACGAAUUCAAAUGAAAGAACUUGAAUAUAAAUAUAGACAAUUUUAAAAAGACGAUUAAAUAAAUUUUACAAAUUUUUGUACAAACAAAUAUAACAGCUACUUAACUAAUAUGACGCACUCAAGUCCUUUACAUAUCCUUAAUCUGUUUUUUUUUUUUCAUAAACAGAUGUUUCAAAUAUAAAAGAGGAGGUGAAAGAUCAAUUUGAUUGAAUAUUCACAUUCGAGCAAUUGAGAUCACAAGAAAGAUGUCAUUAUUUGUGGAAAGUAGACUUUCAAAAUAAAAGCAUAAAGGUCCUAAAGUUCCGACUUGUCUACGCAAAAUAUCAAAAACGCUAAAACCUGAAAGCAAAACUUAUUAUGACAAUUUUUGUCUGUUUAAGCAUCAAAUCUUAAAAUACCACAGUUAUUAUGUUGAAUGAAAUAAAUGUAUUUGUUUUCGAAAAGAAAAUUUUAAUUGAAGUUUUAUAUUCGAUGACAUUUUUUUACUGAUUGACACUUGGAAUUGUGUGGUAAGAGUUUAAGAUGACAGAUUUUUUUAUAUAAAUGUAUUUGUAUUUGCAAUAAAUAUUGAACAUUUUAUAAGAAAACACAUUUUCAAAUGGUUUUAAUCAACGUUUUUGUUGAUUUAUUUUUUUGAAAAUUUUUACCUCCAUUUUUCCGGGCUGUUGCUCUGAAGUAAAAGUAAGAAAUUGAGUUUUUAUAAAACCUGGAACUGUGAAUUAGAAGUCUCACAGCUGUAACAGACCAAGUCAAAAAAAUAUGAAUCUGAUGUUAAAAUCUGGGCAAGGCUUGAAUCAAUUCAGGUCUUUCAUUAGUUUGGUCGGAAAGUGAUUCGUUUCAAAUGGUUAUCUUUUCGAAAAAAAAAAAUAACAUUCACCAUAAGAUUCAAUGGUACACGGAGAAAAAAAUGUCACCUUAAAAUAAGAUGAUGCGCACAUUAAAUUUCACCACCUUUAAAUUAGAAGAUAUUCGCUUAAAAUAAGGUGAUUCAACUUAAACUCAGUUAAAUUUAAUGUGAACUUCAUCUUAUUUUAAUA